UUGGACAGUGUUGCAUUGAGCUAUCAACUAACACUUAAGUGCUGAUCGGUGUUGAUUUUUAAUUUCACUCACACAAUUUUGAUUUCUAGUCUUCUAGUAUCGAUGUUAGAGGUAGCAACGAUUUUGAUGAUGAGUAAAGGCUAAGGGGUACUUUUUUGAAAUCCCUGAUGAUGAUGUCAUCGUCCCAAGAUCCAAUGGUAAGGAGAGGCUUGACUUCCUCGCACACAUAUGCUGAUGGAAUUAAAUCUGCUGGUACUUCAACCAGUUCAACCAUGAUGACUUCAACCAGUCCACUCCACCACAGCGAAUCUAACCAAAGGGAAGGAUAUAUUAAUGGUGUAAUUCGUAAACUGACAGGUGCUACAGAAUCAAUUACAAACGACGGAACAUACUCGCGUAUCAACACAAAUGCAGAGUCAUCACUUGACGCAGAUGUAGUGACAUCGACUGUUAGCGUAGCUGCACUUAGAGGGAAGUUCGAAGCUGUGAGUUCCUUUUUUGAUAGUAUUUCAAAACGACAAAAUAGUGAUGGCUUCCGGAAGGAUGUCUGCGAUGCAAACUCAAAUUCACUUACUGUGAAAAACAGCGAAAACGAAGUGAAUGCGAACGUUAAACACAAAGAAACAAAUAUUGAAUUAGAAACAGUUAUAAAAAAUGUGGAAGAAGUAGAAAAAGAAAUAAUGAACUCUGUAGCAACAACAGAAACAGUGGAGGUGACUGCAGAGGCAGAUGUGACAAAAACUGGAGAAGCCAUCAAAACAACAGGAGAAACAAUAGAGGACACAACAUUGGGAACGAUGGAGGAUACAAUGACGGAUGGACUUUCUAGUAGUGAUGAUGAACUUGGAGACUAUGAACUUGAAUGUAAAUCAUUUAUGAAAGAUCUUGUGAGGCGCAUUUUUCAUGAGAGUGGGUCAAUAACACAGACAGAUAACCACAAGUUUGACCAGUAUUGUAGGACUGCAGAAGGUAGGAAAUGGUUUGCAAGGCUGGUGGAUGGCAAGCGUAUCUAUAAUAAGUGUGUAGCAGAGCAGACAUUUUACCGGCUUGUGCAGUUCUUUGCAGUCUGCUUGUUUGAGUGUAAAGAAGCUGAUGACUUCACCCCAGCUAUGCACAUCAUGAAUAUGUGUUUCACUUUCUAUCACGAACAAGAAGGUAAAACCUUAAUUGAUAAAAACCUCAAUGACAAUAACACUAAUCAUUCAUUAGAUCACAGAGUUUCUCAGUCAAACUCUCACCGAUAUUCUUCAAACCAACUUGCAUCGGCAGGUUGCUCCACAAUUGCUGUGCACUCUUCAACUACCAUGACCUCUCAAUCAUCAAGGAGUGAUUUCCAGGCAGAAAGACCUGAAAGGCCGAAGAGACCUUUUAACGUUGUGCAAGCUCUCACUGUUGAGGACCCAAGUUCAACUCAAACUAAUUUUCCACAGGGUUCACUCUAUGAGUCUAUGGGUGGACUGAGCAAUCGGUCGUUGCCCCGUCGAGGGCAUGCGUCCACUCACAUAAGGGGACAACUGAUUAAGUGUGUCUUAAUAGCAAAUGUUAAUUGCACACCUGUUCCAUCGUUGCUUAAAUCCGGUAUGUUUCUGUUUAUCAGGAGAGACCAGCGAUUCUGGACGGCAGCGUUAAUGGAUGCUGUUCACUCAGAAAAGAAAAAACGGAUGCCAACUGGCAGAGAAAACUGGAGGAAUCAAACGCAGGAAGAACGAGAAAACACGGAGCUACUUCAUGAGAACAUCACGUUUGGACAACUCGCUGCCUUCACACAUAACAUGAUGCAUUUAGGUCUUCCACGUAGUAUGUGCGAAGAGUUUGUUGAGAAACAAAGUGUUAUAGGAAGCCUCAAUGACUUUCAAAUUGAAAUGUUGAUUGGAAAUAUUAAUGCUCACUACAAGGAGGAGAAGGUGAAGGAGGACAAACUUGUGAGUCUACAAAAAAGUCUCAACAAAAUAAAGCUCAAGAUACCAGGGAUCUUAUGAUGAAACCUGGAGAGCGGUAUGUGUACAACCACACAUACAGUUCCACAAGUAUGAAGUAUCACAUGUAUACAGUAAAUGUACUAUAAUAGGUGUACAGCACAACAUGUGCCUGGUCAGUAUCGCUGUAUGUUAUCACAGAUGUACAGUAUCAAACAAUAUAUAUCACAACAUUACUCAUUAUUCAGUAUCACUUUAUAAGUGUAUCACACACGUAUACAGUAUCAUACUGUGUACGUAUAGUGAUACAUGUGUACUACACAGUAUCACAUGUACCGUAUACCAUCACUGUAUUGUGUAUGUACCAUAUUACAUGUGCAGUCAUCUAUGUACAGUAUAGUAUCACAUGUGUAAAUUAUCACAGGUGUUUACAUGUGUAUAGUACCACAUGUGUAGAGUACCACGUGUGUACAUUAUCACAUGUGUAGAGUAUCACAUGUGGAUAGUAUCACAUGUGCACAUUGUAAGUUUAUGACUUCCUUAAUUUUUAUGCAAAUGAUAUGCAUGUUGAAGGAAUUUGUACCAGUGUUUUCCUGGUCAGAUUAACAUACAGGCAGUAAAGUAUAUAAAUUCAUAUUUUAAAUAUAUUUAUAUAUCAUAUAUAUUUUAAAGAAGCAUGUGCUUAUAUUAUUAUAUAAUGCUGGCAUUAUAGUCAUAUUUUGUUGUAAAAUGCAAUUAGAUUGACUAACUUAUAAUUAAGGAAACAAAUAAAUGGUUAGGUUUUACAUAAGUUCUGUAUGUUUUGUAUAAAAGUUUGCUGGGUUUUUAUAUGAAGGAGCUUUAUGUGAUAAAGGUCAGAAAAACGCUUCCUGAACUUUGAGACAAUCAACUUCUGGUUUUACCUCCAAAGAACCAUAUUCCUACAAAUGGUGUACCGAAAAGUUUGAUGAUUUUUGUUGUUAUUAUUAUUAUUAUUCACGCAAAGCUUUUUAAUAUCAGCGAAGUAAAGAUUUCGCAUAACAAUCCAAAUAUUAUCCAAAGUUCUCGUCAGGACAUGUUCAAUGGGUCAAAUGUGCAUUGUGCAGAAAAUUUAAAACGUUCUCAGACAAGUGAAUUGGUCCAAAGGUCAUGACAGUCAUGACCGAAAGCUCCGUAAUACGUAUAUAUACAAGGAAGCAUGAUCAGUAAUAUUAAUGCAUGUUAUUGUCUUCCAUUAUGGAUUGAAGUUCACAGGAAAAAAAAAAUCCUUCUAUUUACUUAGCCUUUUAUAAACACAUACUUAUAAGCUACAAAUUAUACGUGAUGUACAAACUCAAUUAUACCAAAAAUAUUUUACUGGCAUUUAUAUUGGAGCUAAUACACAUGAUUUUCACAUGAUGUGAAAAUCAGAUAUUUUUGUAUGUAUAAUUUUUCUAAGUGUAUUUUUUUUUACAAUUGGGAAGUAAAAGUUCUUUCGAGUUAAAAGAAACAAUGUUAGGUGUAGAUUCCUGUUUUGUAUACUGUACUGUAUUUUUCCAUGAUAACGAUAAACAGUUGUAUUUGAAAAACCUGUGCUACAACAUGGCAUUAUUGAUUGCAAGUAUAGUAUUUGGAAUAUACACAAACUCUGUAUGCAGCUCUUCCCACCAUUUUAGAAAUUUGUGAUUUUAAAAGACCUUUGUUUUAGUUUGAUGCUGCCAUGCAGAGGCAUUCUGCAAAUUUGGCCAAAUAAAAUAAUUUAUAGUUUCACGUCCUGCCCUCAAUUUUGGAGCCUCAUAAAAAAAUGUAUUAUUUGCUAUUAAAAAACAUUUUUAUCUGAUUGUUUUUAAAGCCUAAGACAUGGAAACAUAAAUCACAGAAUACAUUACAAAGAUUAAUAUUACUUUUUUUUUAAAUAACUGUUAUUAUUUACCAGCCUGUUAACCACUAAUAUAUAGGAUAGUAAUACCCUCAUCAAAUAGUAAUUUUAAAUCCCAGACGUUAAGCUAACAAUUAACUUUAUUUGGCUGUGGGUGCUGACUGAUUAUUUUUUUACCAAUUGAUGGCAAACACUGCUGUACUCUGUUGUCAUGUCAUAGCAGGUUGGGUAAUUUAGGUUCACGGUAAAUAUUAUACUAUGUUUGUUUUUUUAUGUUCAUUAUUUAAGCAACUUGCACACUGCUUGCAUCAGAUGUGUGCUGAAUAUUAAUAUUAUAUUUAAUAUUAUUUAUUUUGUUUAUAUUAGUUUAAAUGUUUUUAAACACUGAAAGUAAGGUAUUUGAAAGAUUUGUGCAAUAUACUUUAUUUUAUGUAUAUUGUUUUUAUAAAGGCAAAAUAAAUAUUAUAGUGUAUAUGUCUACAGUGUAUACUGCUAAUCAUGUUGCCCAUCAUUUUUGGUUUUUAUCUACGCUGUUUUGUAUAUGUAUAAUGAAAACAUUUUAAUUUCAAUGUAGAACAUUAGUGCCUUUCUAAUAUAUUUAUGUUUAAUAUACAAUAAAGGUAAAAAAAAAAAAGAAACCAUUUAUAAAUACUGUAGUAAGAAUAUCGAUAAAGGAAUUGCCUGUUACUAUUAAAUUUAGAAUCAUUGUAACCUUUUUAUUGUUACCAAAAUGUUUAUAUCAAAUAUAUGACCAACAGAUUUAGCUAAGUUCUAAUGUUAUCUUUAUUAUUUAAUGUUUUGCUAUGUGUUUGUAUCCUAGCUAAUAAAAUCUAACUUGUAUACAA